AUGGAUGGUGAUCAGGCAAAGGACAACAGAUCUAAAACAAGUGAAAAUGCAAAUAGUAAAGCCACAGAAUCACUAGGUCUAACUACCAGAAUUGCUCUUGAAACAUUACAACGCGAUAUUAAAAGAGUUUUACAAGAGUAUGAAGAAGAGUGCAAAAGAAACAAAAAAUAUAAAGCUUGGCUAAAGGAUACUUUACAUCAUCGUAGUCAAUACACAACUCUUUGUUGGACUUCGGCAAUUGCACUUUUGAUCAAUGCCAUUAUCCUUGUUAUUGCAUUCUUCACAGCCAACGAAACAUGGUAUCUUACACUGCCUUACGAAGGACUGAUAGUCUGUUGUUUAGUAGUCUUAAAUUUUAUUUUAGUUGUAUCAGAUAACAAAUUACGACACAAAGAAAUUCCUCAUAGAGUACGAUUACUUCUCGAUCGACUAGAAGUUGCAAAAAAUACUUGUCAAUGGGACUCUGAGAAUUAUCCACAUUUAUGCAGUCCACUGUCUCCUUGUUUAACUUUACAGUGGACUUAUCGUGAUGGCCAUAUAGUGAAUUUGCCAUGGGCAUUGUUGGUUGCUGGAGACAUAAUUGUAAUAAAACCUGGACAACAAGCACCUGGCUAUUGUGUUCCUUAUGAUGAUGCAGAAGCGCCAGUGUUACAUGUUAGAGAAGUGUAUAGUCCGCAAGUUCAUAACGCAAAUGAAAUUUUCUCAACGCCUCAAGCACGGGCACCGUUAAAAAAUAAAAUUUACAAACUUCAAGAGACUCCAUACUUGAUGAAUCUUAGAAUGGCUCUCGAUCAAGCUCUCGAUAGACCAGUCACGUAUCAUAAUCGUAAACGACACCUCUUAAUGAUAUGUUGCAUUGAACAACUCGCAUAUCCAGUUCUUUUAAUUAUUGUACUAAUUGUAAAUUUAUUACGAUACUUAUAUUUGUCAGAAUAUUUUGGUGUUGGUCAUUGGAGCGAAAUGUUCAUAUUACAACCAAUUGCUAUUAGCAUUCCUUUGCUUCCGUUAAUAUUUCCAGUUUGUUGGAUUUUUCUUAACUGUUUUGGAAUGGCACGGUUUAAAGCUUUAUUUAAAUUGUAUCAGUCUUCGAAGAAGCUUCAGUUUAUUGAUCCUUUCGAGGAUACGGAUAUCUCUGGUCCAAGUUAUCCGGAAGUAGUAUACAAUUGGUUGGAACUAAAAGAAUACUUUUUCAAUAUUUUGUCUGGUAAAGAACACAUGAUGUCAAGAUCUGCAAGUAUCCUACAUGUUUUAGGAUCAGUCACGGCAUUAUGUUGUGUGGAUAAAAAAGGAAUUCUUUCGUGGCCUAAUCCGACAGCGGAAAAAGUAUUUUUCUUACGCAAUACCAACACUUUGUCCCCAUCAUCAAGUACUGGUAGUUUAGACAGAACUUCUGAGCAUCAAUGCCAAACUCAAACCGAAGAUUCCAAACAGUAUUCAAAUAAAACAUCUUACGUGCAACAUGACAUGUCUCAUUCAACAGCUGAAGUCUUGGAUCUUACCCAUGAUCACGCUUUACCAUUUCGUCUACAGUUUGAUGAUCAUGCUUGGAGGCAACACUUGAAUUCAUUGAAACCACUAGGUCUAGCUAUUCUACUAAACACAUGUAACAUGGAAACGCAAGAACAUUAUAUGCAGUUCUGUUGCCAUGUCACUUGUGAAGCUCUAUACAAUGAAAAUCUUGUACCAGUUACAAACAGACGGUGCUUGUGUGAAUUAGCAAAGCAGAUAGGAUUUCAAGAGCAAGCACAAAAUAUAUUUCACUUGGAACAACAAUUAUCUACAUUUAGGCAUGUUCAACCAGAAAUGGUUCGACGUGACAUUAAAUUCGCAAGAUCUUUAAGUAUUGCAACAAAGUUGAAGUUUCCUUUUCCACAUAUGGUCGCCGUGGUCGUCAAAGAACGCAGUGGCGGUGGUUUGCAACUGCUAACGCAGGGUACAGCAGAUAUUAUUUUGGAUUCGUGUAUUGAAUUUUGGGAUGGUCAUGAUCUCUGCCCACUUUCUGCAUCUGAUAGAAAAAAGGUGCAAGAUUUUUACCAAAGAACCAGCUUAACAUCGUAUUGCACCGCAUUUGCGUAUAGACCAUUAACGCGUGGUAUUAGCAAUAAGAUGUCUAAAAUAUAUUUAGAGCUUCCUGCAGACAGCAAACAUUUGUAUACGCCUCACAGAAGUCCUACUCCAUUACCUUGGGACUUUAGAAACGUUCUUGAUCCCAGAGUGAAAGGCAUUCUUGGACAGUUUCAUUCGACUGAUUCUCUUCUAUGCAACGAAAACAAGGACGAUAACAUAAGCGAUGUCGAAAGCUGUUUCGAAAUUCAAUGUAAUCAAGUCUUCAUUGGAAUGGUCACUAUGCAAUAUCAAGCACAAACAGAUAUGGUGCAAUUAAUUGAACAACUCGACAGAGCUUGCAUACGUUUCGUUCACUUCAGUAAAGAGAACGAAUUACGAUCUCGAGUGUUUUCAGAGAAAAUGGGGCUGGAAAGCGGAUGGAAUUGUCACAUUUCAUUGCUGAGUGAGAGAGCUAGGUCCGAGAGUCCAGUGGGUUGGUGGGUGAGCCAGGCAGCAGCCAUGUCCUCACCCACUCCCUCGGCCCAAUCUCAUCAGCAUAAUUACUCCUGCAUGGAUGAGGCCAGCCACUUGCUUAAUCGUAUCUCUCCUCGCACCAAUCUGGACAACAGCCGUGCUAUGAGUAUGUCCGCGCCAAGCGCUAUAAACACAGACUUCUCUACUGUGAAAUUCGACGAUGAGGCCACGGAGUGGAACGAUACAGGACUAUCCCAAGUCAAGAGUGCUAUGAGCCAUAGGGAACAGGAUACAGUGAGAAGCGAAGAUAGUGUACUUGUGCAAAGUGUGGAUUUAGGGUCUGGCCAAGAGGCAUGGCGGUCUCUGAGUUGUCUCACAGACAGCACAGAACAAAGUGCACCGGUGAAUUUUGAUUUAUCGAAUAGAGCGAAACUACCGCGCGGUAUCGAUAAGAUUCGACCACAUAUAGAAUUAAUAGACAAUGUACCCUUGCUGGUGUCUCUUUUCACUGACUGCAACACUGCUGUUACGAGAGAAAUGUUGCACAUUAUGCAAGAUUACGGAGAAGUAGUUUGUGUUCUGGGCUCUUCUGCUAACGCAGAAAAUAUGUCCAUUUUUAUGCGAUUUGAUUCUAGAGUGGCAGUGGAACCAUUGUAUCCACAAGUUUGUCAGAGAGUUCCUGUAUUAACGUCGACGAAGGAUGAUCAAGGUCCAUCACCCGUCGAUCUCAGUAGAGCAUUAAAUUCUGUUGCGUGCUCGUUAAGCGUCAAACGUGAAGAUCCGAUUGCGAUAUUCCAUUUGAUCAUGGAGGCUCGUCAUUACAUGAAGUGUCUUUGGAAUUGCGUGCAAUUCUGGCUUUGUUGUACAGUCACACUCUCCUUUACACAAGCUGUGUCCGGUUUUUUAUUGCUACCGCCGCUAUUCUCUGUCGAUCAGGUCUUGUGGUUGAGUUGUUUAAUCAUUCCAAUGUUAUCGAUAUCGAUGAUUGCCACACCGAAGGAUCAUAGCAUAAUGCAACGUGCCACGGGAAAGAAUCAGUGUACCAUAAACGGACAGGUUGCGCUGUUCGUUAUAUGGUGUUACGGCAGCAAGUUUUUACCGACGAUUGUAACGAUAGUUUUAUCGCAAUGUAUAUCGUUUUUAACAUUGUGCCCAAUUUACACGACCACAGAUUCCAAGUGCCUGUACGUGUAUCCUGAUUCACAGGGGGAGGUUUCUUGGGGUGGUUGGGGUGCCAAACCGAAUGUCAUUUUAGUAGUACAGCAUUUCGCUUUGUCGUUGUUAGUUUUACAUUUAGUAACCAUAUCCAUAGGCUUCGUACAUAGAGAAUAUUCUAUCUGGAGGAAACAACCUUUCAACAAUUUCGUGUGGUUUUUAAGUGCAUUUAUAGUAUUGUGCGCACAAGCUGCAUUCUCAGGGACUGUAUUUUGCACGUUUUGGAAAGAGGAGGGUCAAAACAUUGAAGACUUUCCCAUUCAUCUGCCUUUAUUUUUCUUAGUCUCUCUGCCGUUCAUCUUUGCGGUGAAUGAGUUGAUUAAAUGGCAAGAAAUUAAAGCAAACGUAAGGUAUCAAAAGAGAGCUCGACUAGAAUUUGGCACAAAGCUCGGCAUGAAUUCGCCAUUUUAGACAAUUUUAAAUAAUUAUUGAACGACAUGAAAAG